AUCAUGAUUUUGAUAUUGAUUCAUCUUUGCUCCUUCCUCUAUGCAGAUCUCUGAGCUAUCUCUGGUGGGCUUCGUUAUUGGCUAUCCAUUUGACAGACAAAGAAAGGCUCCUGAUGCUAUGCAAGUGAAGAUAUUCAUUAAUGAGCUAAGUAAGAUGGGAAAACUUGAUGGUGUGAAGUACACUUUCUGGAAUGAGUGCUUUACACCAAAGAAUCUAGAACUGCUGUAGAGCCCUUGAAUUUGCACCCAUUUCAGUUGAAGACAAUAUUUGACAAAUUUGCUGCUGUUCAGAUUCUCCAGGUGUACAUGGAUUAUGUGAACAAGAAUGUGAAGUUGGACAAUACCGACUGAGAUAUCUUUGACUAUAUGCAGCUGGAUACCUUGAGCAUUCUAUCAAUCCAACAUCAUCAGCGUAAGAAGAGUGGCUUUGAACUUUGAACUUUGAACUUUGAACUUUGAACCCCAAGGGAAGGUUCAGCAUCCCAUCAAUGCUGUUAUUCAUUACAAGGUCUCAUAUGAUAUCCACAUCCAAGCCAGGCAUCCCAAAAAAAAAAAAAAAAUGGAAUGCUGUAGGCUGUAGUUGCCAUGGAAUUGUUAAAACUGUUUCAAUUCCUGUUGCAACUGUAGUUCAAGGACCAUCAAGGGAAACUUCAACUCUGAUGAUUAUCUUGGUAAACCCACCAUUGUAUUUGUCCCAGAAUCCAUAUAGUCAUUUUAUAUGCCUUUCUUACAGGAACACUGGAGAGAACAAUUGUUCUUGAACUACUGAUUGAUUCAUAUUCAUAAUGCUUUCAAGCUUAAUGUUCAUACACAUGAACUCCUCCUUGUACAUGCAUUGAAUUCAAGCCCACAGAAACGAAUCCAGCUCAUAGAGGCCCAUACCCCCCAAAGUUAGGAACCGUCAAGGCCACAUCACUUUCCUUGCAGCUGCCUCGGGAACACUAUUACUACCUCUCCCUUUUAAAUAAUAAAUAAAUAAAUAUUAC